AAAAAAAAACCCACACAACCUCCUUCCUCCCUUCCUUCGGGGAGGGAAAAGAGAAGGGGGGGUGGGGGGGAGAGGAAAAUCUAUCUCCAGACAGACAGAAAAGAAAGAGGAGCAAAUUAACAACCAGGAGUUGCCAAAACCAGGAUAUUAGGUUUCAGCCCAGAGAGCUAUUGGCUCUGGGGCUAUGUAUAUAAAUAUAUAUCUAGAGAGAGAGCGAGCGAGAGGGGAGACGAGGAGGAAGAAGAGGGAUAUUUUGUGGGUGGCUGUUGUUUGGGCAGAUGUGGCUUCACAUGGAAAUGAACUAUAUAUAUAUAUAUUUAUUCUUCCGCGAGGCUGGUGGUGGUGGCUGCUGAGGGCACUUAAAAAAAAAAAAGUUGCUUCUUAAAAUAAAGGCGGAGGGGGGGGUGUGUAGAAAGGAGAGAUAAGGUUUCAGGUCCAGGCUGAUAGCUGCAGAGAGGGGAGAGGUUUGGGGUGGGUUGUGUGUUUUUUUUUCCCUUCUUGCUGAUGCCAUGCAAAUUCAGGAGAGGAGGGAAGAAAAAUCUCUUUUAAUGACUCAUUGAUUGAGCCGGUUUAAAAUUAGUUGUUGUUGUUGUCUUUUUUUUUUUUUUUUCCCCUCUUUAUUUUCCGCCCCCUUGACGGCCAUCAAGAGAGGGAUGGAAAGAGGAGAGGAGGGAGUGUGUGUGUGUCUAUGUGUGAGUGUGAGAGAGAGAGUGAGAGAGGGGGAUAGAGAGAGUGUGUGAGGGAGAAAGAAAAAUAAUCUUUUCAAAUCUCCUCCCUCUUUUUUUUCCCCCCUCGUUUCUUUGCUUUUCCUCUAAAGCUCUGUGGUCUGUGAAACACUCUUUCAUCCUCCUCGUCGGGAAGAUGGAGACACUCCGUCUCUCUCCCGGCCGUGCAGCUGGGAAGGAUUUUUCUUGCCUUUUUUCCCUUUUUCACUCCCGGCUUGAUUUUUCCCCUUUCCCCCGUCCGCUCGCCACCACCCUCACCUUGUCAUUUCUAUGAGCUCGUCUCUCACAUUUGUGCCUUCUGGGGAUCUAUUUUUCGCUCGUUUCCUCGUUUUCGGUGCCGCCACUAGAUUUUGAUUCUAUUCGUUUGAUUCUUUAUUUGCCAUUUCCUCGGGAUCGCUCCGUGCCUCCCGCUUCUAACCGAGCAAUGGAAGCGGUGCUGCUUUUUGUGGGUGCGCGUUGUCAUGGAUGAUGACGAUGAUGAAUCCUGUCUCCUUGAUCUUAUUGGGGACCCACAGGCGCUGAAUUACUUCCUCCAUGGACCUAGCAGUAAAUCUAGCAAUGAAGACUUGACUAAUGCAGAAUAUUCUGUAGCCAACUCAAAUUCCAUUUUCGCCAACUCUAGUAACACUGAUCCUAAGUCGUCUGUGAAAGGUGUAAGCAGUCAGCUUGGAGAGGGGCCUAGUGAUGGACUGCAGCUGUCCAGUAGCCUUCAGUUUCUUGAAGAUGAACUUGUAUCUUCUCCUUUACCUGAUCUUACUGAGGAUCAGCCUUUUGAUAUUCUUCAGAAGUCCUUGCAGGAGGCCAAUAUUACUGAACAGACUUUGGCAGAAGAGGCAUAUUUGGAUGCCAGUGUAGGUUCUAGCCAACAGUUUGCACAAGCUCAGCUUCAUCCUUCUUCAUCAGCAUCCUUUACUCAGGCUUCUAAUGUUUCUAAUUACUCAGGUCAGACGUUGCAACCUAUAGGAGUUACUCAAGUGGUACAGCAACCUGUUGGAGCAUCUUUUGCAAGCAAUACAGUUGGUGUGCAACAUGGCUUUAUGCAACAUGUCGGAAUUAGUGUUCCCAGCCAGCAUUUGUCUAAUAGCAGCCAGAUCAGUGGUUCUGGGCAGAUCCAGCUAAUUGGUUCAUUCAGUAAUCAACCUUCCAUGAUGACCAUUAAUAACCUUGAUGGAUCUCAGAUCAUACUGAAAGGCAAUGGUCAGCAAACACCUGCAAACAUGAGUAGUGGCCUCUUGGUUCAUAGACAAACCCCAAAUGGUAACUCGCUGUUUGGUAACUCAAAUUCAAGUCCAGUAGCACAACCUGUAACUGUUCCGUUUAACAGCACAAAUUUUCAGACAUCAUUGCCUGUCCAUAAUAUCAUCAUUCAAAGGGGUUUGGCACCAAACUCUAACAAAGUACCUGUUAAUAUCCAACCAAAGCCUGUCCAGAUGGGUCAGCAGACUGCUUACAAUGUGAAUAACUUGGGAUUACAGCAGCAUCACGUACAGCAAGGGAUUCCGUUUGCUUCUGCAAACUCACCUCAGAGUUCAGUAGUUGGUCCUCAUAUGUCCGUUAAUAUUGUUAAUCAACAGAACACGAGAAAAUCAGUUACACCUCAGACAGUCAGCAAUGCUGGAGGUAGUAUUGUUAUCCAUUCUCCUAUGGGACAGCCUCAUGCACCUCAGAACCAGUUUCUCAUACCUACAAGUUUGUCUGUUAAUUCUAAUUCAGUUCAUCACGUCCAGGCCAUAAAUGGACAACUUCUUCAGACUCAGCCUUCCCAGCUGGUUCCUAGCCAAGUGUCUGCUGAGCAUGUAAUGCUCAACAGGAACUCUACAAACAUGCUAAGAGCCAACCAGUCGUAUUCAGGGCAGAUACUGAAUAAUCAAAACACAGCUGUUCAGCUUGUUUCUGGCCAGACAUUCACAGCUCCUGGAAACCAAGUCAUAGUCAAUCAUGGAACCUCACAGAUUGUGGGUGGACAGGUACCCCUGCAGCAGGCGUCACCAACCGUGUUGCAUUUGUCACCCAGUCAAGCUAAUGUUUCUCAAGGUAGAUCGAGUUUUACCACGAUGUCCCCCGGGCAGUCUGCAGUCUCCAACAUGUCGGCUUCGAACCGAUUUGCUGUUGCAAGUUCUUCUGGGUCAGUACAUCCUAGCUUGGGACCAUCCGUUCAGUCUGUUGCAUCAGGAGGAAACUUCACUGGAGAUCAGCACACACAGAACAGAACUCAAGUUCCCAUCAGCGCAUCGCAUCGUCUUCCAGCAUCCUCUUCCAAAUCUGUCAGCACCUUCAGUCACACGUCAGUGGGAGUAACACAACAGCAGUUUGCUUUUGGUCAGAAGAAAUCUCUGAACCAGACAUCACCAAUUUCUGCAUCGAAGACACAGGAUAAUUUGAGACAGCCUCAGCUAACGAGUCUCCUGAGCAACACACUAUCAGGACAGGACUCUGGAGGAAAAAUCGUGCAGCAGUCUCUAGGAUCAGCACAGCCACAAGAAAAAGUAAUAGGAUCAUCAUCAGUUCAACAGAGCAUACAGGUGGACGGUCAUUUAGUUGGACAGAAAAGGCCUGCUGCUAAACAGUUAACUAAAGGAGCUUUUAUUCUCCAACAGUUACAGAAGGAUCAGAUGCAUGCUGUGACACCAGAUAAAAGCCAGUUCAGAUCAUUAAAUGAUGCAGUUCAGAGACUCCUUUCAUACCAUGUGUGCCAGGGAUCGCUGCCAACAGAGGAAGACUUGAGAAAAGUGGACAGUGAAUUUGAAACUGUAGCUACACAGCUUCUGAAGAGGACACAGGCUAUGCUGAACAAAUACAGAUGUUUGCUUAUAGAAGAUGCAAUGCGGAUAAAUCCCUCUGCAGAAAUGGUUAUGAUUGACAGGAUGUUUAAUCAAGAAGAAAGGGCAUCUCUGACCCGGGAUAAGCGUCUUGCACUUGUGGAUCCUGAUGGUUACCAGGCUGAUUUUUGUUGUUCUGCCAAACAAUUUGAUAAAGCAGUUGAAGAAGCACAGUCCAGCAAAAGCGACCAUCAGCCUAACAAAACAUUAUCUUCCCGAAGUCAGACUACCAAAACCCAAGCCAGAGACCGACCAAAAUCCAGCUCAGCAGAGUCCACAAAUCACAGUAAACUUCCUCUAGUGCCUAACAACGUUGUGACACCACAAGAAGGAAUAGCUUCUACUAAAAAGUCGGAGAGCCUCACUAAAGCUUUAAAGUUUGAGAAAGCUAACUGUUCUUCUGAGAGCCAGUACGUGGCCCUCUCUGAAGAGAAGAUGGCUGGGAAAGAUCUUGCCAAGUCCACAGAGAAUUCUUUGAGUUCUGAAGACUUGUCAAAAACCGUGUCACGAGCCGGUCCUGGAACACACAACAAAGUAACAAGGAACACAGUUCAGUCUUUCUCAAAGGUAACGUGUAAUAAUUCCCUCCAAGACAAAACUCUGAGGAGCUCUCCAAAGAAUGAGGUUUUACAUCCUGAUAAUAGGAAAGGCUCUGGUGAACCCCAGCAAGACUUACUGCUCAGUAAGAGUUUAGAAACUACAUUUAAAAACAUCUUGGAACUUAAAAGAGGUGGGAGACAGCCACAGAAUGAGGCGACAAGUAGUGGCUCGGUUGAAUUAGAAUUCCCUAAUUUUUCACCUAUUGCUUCACAGGAAAACUGCCUGGAAAAAUUUAUUCCAGACCACAGUGAAGGUGUUGUAGAAACUGACUCUAUUUUAGAAGCCGCUGUAAAUAGUAUCUUAGAGUGUUAAUAGUUCCAGUACCAUGGACAAGUGAUGUUUCUCUUGGCAGAAGCAAAUGUGAAUGACACCACAAGUACAGCCUGACAUGCAUUUAAGGUUAACCUUUCUAAACUAGAUUCUGUUUGGUGUUUGAGAGCAAUACUCAUUGUGGUUACAGUGAGAGAUCCAAGUAAAGUUAAUCCUUGGUAGAAUGCAGUCUGUUAGGGCCUUACUAUUUCAAGUAUUAUUAUGCUAGUGCUUUUGAUAAUUGUGCAGUACUGCAACAUCAGAAGGUUGCAGGUCGUUCGGCCCUAUGUAACACGGUAGUAUACUGACAAUCACAGUCAUUUGAAAGGAUAUAUUUAUUAAGAAAGUGUUUUUAAAAAGUGAUGGAAGCAACAAUUCUCCCCUACCCUUCUCUUCCACAUGUCAUCCAGUUUUUAGUUAUUCUGGGAAACCCACUGUACCUCUAUUCAGAAGAUUUGCUUUGUUGGUGAAUCUGUGUUCUGGGAUUCUUCAGUUGGAAGGGUAUCAUCAGUGUGUUUACAAGGCUUCAUAAGUUAAAGUGCUUUUCUAUUGCUUUCUGAGCAGAAACUAGUACUUGAUAUAUUUGUAGUAGGUAACUUUAGUCUGUGGGAUGGUAUUAUAUGAUCUUAGUCACAGUGGCAUGAUAUGAAGUAAUAAAUGCUUGACUAAGGAAGGUAGAAUGGAAGCCAGGAAAUGGCAAAGUGUACAGGAUGAGGCCAUGCUAGAGCCAUGAAUUUAUAUAUAUAAUACAUAUAUAUGUUAACUCUUGAGGAAAAGAUUUUGCAUUUUAUAAUUGGAUGUAGUCAGCCUCGAGUCUUUCUGAAGUGGUAUAACUGUUCUUUUUUAUGUUGUUUGUUUUUUUAUUUUAGACCAAGUGUCAAAAGCACUUUUAUUUGAGAACUGUUCUGAUAUUUGUAGCUUCUGUUUGAAGAGGACAUUAGCCUUACUCUGAUUCAAUUUGGAGGCCAGUGUUUUAUUUUUCUGCUUUUUGCUGUCAGAGAAUGUUAAACCAUCCACCAUAGCAGUCAUCAUGAUCAAGAGCUGUACAGACCAAAGUCCAUCAGCAAUCCCAGUGUUGAAACAUAUCGCCGAGUGUGUAAUGAUUCACUCAGCUUUGUAGAGCCAAGGGAGACCAUUGCAUGGUUUGGAUUUGGCUUGCUGUCAUGUUUUUAAGAUAGAAUCUUACUAUUUUAUUUAUUUAUUUUAAUCUAUGACUUUUUGCUGCCCAUGCUGCUUUUUCCUCGUUUACUUUGGUCACGAGUGCUUUUGUGCACUGACACUUGUCACGUGCGUGUAAUACAUAUGUCUGCUCAGGAGGAUCUAGCUUUUGUGGUUUCUAAGGUAUGCUCACGUUCUGCCCCCAGACUUUCUCCACUAUUUCUUAGAAGAAUUACCAGCCAUUUUCCAGACUUGCUGAUUACAACUUUCAUGUUAGAGAGGCUCAUUGUGACAAGCCGUGGUUGUCAGUCAGAUUGCCAGGAAAGAAAACAAAAGGUUUUGCUGUUGUGUGGUUCAGUCCAGCUGAAUAGCGCAGAAGGAAGCGGGAUUAGAUCCUUGUGACAGGAGAAGAUUACAGUGCGACUCAGCAUUGAGCUGCAGUCCACUGUCGGACCACUAAAGGAAACCAAAUCUAGAAAGCAACGUGAGAAAGAUGAACUUCCUUAAAUUCAUUUGCCCUUCAACGUGAAUGGAAAUACUGGGUUUAUGUGUUACUAAUUGCCAUUUAAAAAAGAAAUGUGCCAAUUUUGAAGUAGCUGUUUGUAAACCCCAACAUUCCCAAGUGUUGUAUAAAAUAUUCACGGUAAUAAUAAGUAUUGCCAGUUUUAAAUUUUUAGUUAGGUGUCCAUAGAAUAGGCUCUCGGGCGUUGUUUCCUUAUGGGCAAAACUGACACUAGACGUCUUCACCUCUUGCCUUUUUAGUUUUUACAAUAUGCUCAUCGCUGUGUAUCCUGAUGUGUGUUUUAGUUGGUCAUUCUGGAAGCUGAACCAUUCUACACUGUCUAGGAAGGGAAACGGGGGGUUACACAGCUCUGUGUGAACUAGUUACAGUUUUCAAAAGGAAAAAAAGUCAAGUUGCACAUUGAUUGAUCCACGUGCUUUUUGUACCACCUCCAAAUGGGUACAUGGGGUUUCCAGCCUCUCGACAGCAAAUACAUAAUUGAAGUCUCAGGCUACGUGUCUUCUGUUGGAUCUCAUUUGGGGAUAGGGGACAAUAGCAUAGAAAAAACGUCAAAUUCCAAGAGGUAAUCAUGGUUGAUUUGGUCAUACACAUUUCUCUGAACUUCUGAGAGGAACCCAUUGAACAGUCCGAGCAAGAUUAAUGUUAGAUUUGUUAGUGUGCUGUUGUUCACUCCUUUGAAUUCAAUUCUAAAGGAAUUCCGGUACGUGGUGAAGCAGUAAAUGAAAGAAGUGUAUUUUUGUGGUGCUUUAAAAAGAAAAAGACGAAUUUAUAAAUCAUAUGGGCUCAUGUCCAGCAAAGUCUUGUGAAUGUGCAUGACUUUACGACAUGUUUUCAUUAUUUUGCUGGAUCCGCAUUGUGAUUUCAAUGUUAUUUAAUACUGCCUAAUAGUAAAACAAAUUUUCAACUGGCAAUUAAGAAAACUAUGUUCAUUUUGAAGAUUUUAGUAUAAUUUAUCUGUUAGAUUAGGGAGGCCUUACAGACUGACUUCACUUAAAGAGGAUGUGUCACUUAUUGUCAGUGUGGUAUGGACUUUAUUUGCUUAAAUACCUUCAUUUGUAAAGUAUGUCUCACUUGAAAUUGCUUUGUAUACAUUUUGUAAAAAUAUUUAUAAAAUGUUUUGUAAAAAAAGAAGUAUAACAAAUUGCAGUUUAUUUUGUUAUGUUGGAUAAAUACUGUUAAAAGACACAAGUCAGUAAAUAUAUUGUUAAUCCAUGGAUAGGAAAUGUUUAGUUGGAGAUUACAAAUUGAAACAACCAUUGCAAUACAGCCAAAGAUUUGGGAAAAA